AUGGCAGCUUCGAAGUUCGCCUCAAAUCAAUUUACAAUCUUUGCAUUGUUAUUCACCGUACUGUUCCUAGUACUGUUCGGUAUCUUUGGACGGUACUCCGGUGAAUCUCUGCCAAAUGGUACUCCAGACUUUGCUCGCGUUUCGCGCGACUAUCCACGUGAGUUUGAGUUUAUUUUUUUAAGUUUAACUUUUAUAGAGAAAAAUUUAAAAAAAACCCUAUCCUACCCUAAUUUACCUUAUCCUAAACGUCUUUACCUUACCCUACACAAUACCUUCUAUUUACUCAAAACUUAAAACUCUCAGCUGCCAUUUUACAAUAAACAUUUUCAGUUCUUCACGAUACCCACGGCUUUGUUUUGAUCGGAUUGGGUUUCCUGGUAGCCUUCUUGAGACGGUACGGAUUCUCGGCUUUGGCCAUCAACUUGUUGUUGGUUGCCUUUGUCCUAGAAUGGGGACUGAUCAUCAGAGGAUUCUUGAGCCCCGAAUUCAGCCAACACUCGUUCUUCAGCGUGGGAUUGAAGGAGUAAGUUUAUCCUUGUUUUAGACAAAGGUCUAUACCUCUAAAAAGAAAUUUUUGAGCGAGUUUUUUAUUUUUGAGUUUUUCUACCAAUACAUUUGGGCUUAAAAAGACUUUAAUUUUCAUUUAACAACCAAAUUUUAAUAUUUUUCAGAAUCGCCAAGGCCGACUACACCGCCGCCGCCGUCCUCAUCUCGUACGGAGCUUUGGUGGGCAAACUCUCCCCCAUCCAAUACCUGUUCCUGGCCUUCCUCGAGACCCCUCUCUCUAUUGUCAACGAGUUCAUCCUCUUCGGUCUCCUUGGCGUCGGUGAUGUUGGUGGCUCCAUUGUAGUCCAUCUAUUCGGAGCUGUGUUUGGUUUGGCUGUGGCUAGAAUCGUGUUCAAGCCUUCUCAAAUCCAGUCCGAGCAUCAGGGCUCCAUUUACCACAGCGACAUCUUCUCCUUCGUGGGAACGGUGUUCUUGUGGGCGUUCUGGCCUAGCUUCAACUCCAUCUUCGCUUUGUCGGCCGCUGAACAACAACGAGCCAUCAUCACGACCUUCUUGGCCUUGUUGGGAUCGACUGUCACCACUUUCUUGUUCUCUCAGUUGUUGAACAAAGAGGUAGGUAUCAGUUAUAUGGUUGUGUUACUUUACUAUGUGUUUUUACAUGUUACCUAUAAAACAAUAGUAGCUACCUUCAUAUCGUUGCAACAACUAAAAAAAACAUUUAAACUGUAGCAAAAGUAGCCUAAAAGACGUCAAAUCAUGGCUAAUAAAACGAAAUUCUCUUCACGGGUUCAAAACUAAUUUUAUGCCACGGUAAAACCUGUUUUACCGCACACAGUGGGUAAUUACUGCUUAAAUAGCUACCGCCUGACCUUAACGUAACCUUCAAAGUCAACAAAAAGUUUCAGCAAAUUAGAAUAGAUGUGAUAAUCAUUAUGAAAUGUUUCGAAAAUAACAAAAACAUCAUGUUAAAGUAAACCACAACUUUUAAAUUUAAUAUAUUAGAGCUAGAUUACUUAGAUAUAGUCGUAGUAGUAACUACUGGCAUAGUCAUAAUAGUAGCAAUUGCCUAUAGGAGUAAUACUACCUACUGGCUAUAGUCAUAGCAACCUCUGAAAGUCAUUAGAAAGGCUUAAUAGAGCUAGGUAAAAUAUUUGUAGGUAACAAAUUCCAAAAAAACUAACUUCUACAUACUUUCAGAAGCGCUUCAACUUCAAACACAUUGCCAGUGCCACGUUGUCUGGCGGUGUUGCUACUGGAGCCGUUGCCACUUUGGUAUUGUCCCCAUUGGCUGCUCUGUUGAUCGGUGUUGUCGCUGCCAUCAUAUCCGUUCUCGGCUUCAAUAUCAUCACUGUAAGUUGAUACCUAUAACUCAAUAUAAAAUAUCUCAACUUCUUUCACAACAAUAGACUAUACUUGCUUUAAAUACCUUGAAGUUAGUACUUUUAUACCUAAAAUUCAAAUUUCAGCCCCUCCUCGCCCACAAACUCGGAGUGCACGACACUCGUGGCGUCUUCUCGCUUCACGGUCUCCCCGGAAUUGUCGGUGGACUGGCCUCAGUCAUUCUGUUGUUCUUGACUCCAACUGAAGUGUUUGGAGAAACCAUCCGCAACAUCUACCCCUUCCAUAAGACCGACUCCAAGGACGGUCGUACUCCCGCCGAACAAGCCCUCUUCCAGUUGGCCGGUCUUGGAAUUACCAUUCUGUUCGCUUUGGUCACUGGUGUCAUCACUGGUAAGUUAAUGUUGGUUUGAGGAUGCUCAUGAGCAGGAUAUUAAUAUAAGUUGUCAUAUAACUUACCUCAUUUUUAAGAUUUUCAAAUAAUUCUGUACCCUUUUUAGGCGUGAUUCUCCGUUUGAAAAUCUGGCGCCAAGUCCGUGAAAAAGAGAACUACAGCGACACCGACUUCUUCGAUGUCCCAGAAGACUUUGACUUCACCACCAGGGUAAGUGAAUCAAUCUUGAAGGACUUUUUGGCAUGAUCAAUAUAUUCUUUGCUUAAAAAGUUUUCUUGCAACAAUGAAGAUUAGAAAAGUUGGAUAUAUUUAUUGACCUAAAUAUGACCAACUUUGUCAAAAAACGUUUAAAUAUUGGGAUGUUCAAAAAAUUCUGCGCCCCACCCCAAAUUUGCUUUGAAACGCAGAAUUAUUUGAACAACCUAACAUUUCUAACACAAUGUUUUUUUAUAAUUAAAAAUCUUCAGGUGACCAGCCACAUUGAGCGCGUCGAACUGACCGAACACACCGAGCGCACCAAGCUCACCAACAACGAAUACACCAACUAA